AUGGCAUCCAGUCGAAUUAUUUCGCAUAUAGAUUCAACUUUUCAGAAUUUGGGCCUAAAGCGAAAUCCAGAGGACGAGCGAGCCAGUAAGUUGGAGUCUCCGGGAAAAAAACAGAAGCAUGAUCACGUGCCUCUCUUAAACCUUGAGAAGGCUGAAACUGAAACCUUAUCAAAUGAGGCUACAACUGGGAGAGGUCUGGCGGUGGUUGAAGGGUCACAAAAGAGGAGGAUAGUGAAGGCUAGGAAAACCACAUAUAAGGAAAGCAGCAAGUCUAAGGAUGCAAGAAGCAGAGCUCAUGCUUUGUUUGAUAGUGCAAAUCUCACUGAGGUCAACGUCACUCAAGCGGAUGAUUGGUCACAUGUCCAUAUUCAAGCAACUGAUCAGGAGUCGGGCGGUGCAACCUGA